AUGGCCCUCGCUAUCAUCACUUCGGCAAGAAAACUCAGACCUUAUUUCCAAUCACACACUAUCGAGGUGCUCUCCAACCAGCCCCUCAAGACGGUAAUGCAAAAUACUAACCAAUCAGGACGGCUAACAAAGUGGGCAGUCGAGCUUAGCGAGCACGACAUCGUGUACAAAAACCGCACAGCAGCUAAGUCGCAAGUCCUUGCUGAUUUCCUGAUCGAGCUAACGCCGGAGUUAGAACAAGAUCUUGUGCUGCCAAGUCUGAACUGGAUACUGCACGUAGAUGGUUCAUCUACGAACAAAGGUUCAGGGGCAGGCGUACAACUCCAGUCACCGACAGGCGAACUAAUCCGACAGUCAUUCAGUUUUGAUUUUCCGGUAUCCAACAACGAAGCCGAAUACGAGUCUCUCAUCGCAGGCCUUCGUCUCGCCAAAGCAGUAAAAGCUAAACGGAUCAACGCAUACUGUGAUUCCCAACUCGUGAUAAGUCAAUUCCUCGGAGACUACGACGUCAGGAACGACAGAAUGGAUGCUUACUUGAACCUCGUCAAAGAUCUCACACAAGAUUUUGAAUUCUUCGAGCUAACGAAAGUCCCUCGCGGAGAGAACGUAUGUGCGGACGCACUCGCAGCCCUUGGGAGUAAGCUACACGACCAGGUGAAAAGGACAAUCUCAAUACGUAGGAUUGAAAAUCCAAGCAUCAGCCCACCGACGGAACAACUUGCCAUUGCAGCAUCUGUCACCGAUGCCAUGGAAAUCGACGAAGGGGAACCUCGCGCAACGGAAGGGCAACUCGAAGAUUGGCGAACGAAAUUCAUCGCUUACCUAUCCGACGGAAUACUACCUACAGAGAAAUGGGAAGCAAGGCGGCUCAAAAGACGCAGUGCGCAUUACGUCGUCAUGGAUGGAACACUCCAUCGAUGGACUGCAACCAAAGUACUCCUUAGGUGUAUCUCUGGAGACGAAACAAGGCUGGUCAUGGCCGAAACACAUGAAGGAGCAGCAGGCAAUCAUUCAGGAGGACGAGCUCUCGCACUAAAAGUGAAAAGCCUCGGCUUCUAUUGGCCAACAAUGAACGCAGAUUGCGAACCCGAUGUCAAGAAAUACGAUAGGUGCCAGCGACACGCUUCAACCAUACACAGCCCGACAGAUUUGCUCCACACCUUGACGGCGCCAUACCCCUUCAUGCGAUGGGGAAUGGAUAUAAUCGGGCCAAUGCCAAGUUCUCGACAGAAGAGAUUCAUCCUAGUCUUGACAGAUUACUUCACCAAAUGGGUGGAAGCAGAAGCCUACGCCAGCAUUACCGACAAGGAGGUGCAGAAGUUCGUCAGGAAAAACAUCAUCUGCAGGCACGGGCUCCCGUACGAGAUAGUCACAGACAAUGGAUCCCAAUUUAUCUCCCACAACUUCAAAGAGUUCUGCGACAGAUGGAGAAUUCGGCUCAACAUGUCCACACCGAGAAACCCGCAGAGCAACGGUCAAGCCGAGUCCACUAACAAGAUAAUCAUCGACGGACUCAAGAAAUGGCUCGACUUGAAGAAGGGUUGCUGGGCCGACGAACUAGAUGGGGUCCUCUGGCCCCAUAGAACAACACCUCGUGGAGCAACGAAAGCCACCCCCUUCUUGAUGGCCUAUGGGGUCGAAGCGAUGGCACCGGCUGAGGUAAACGUGACGAGUUUACGACGCUCCAAAAUGCCGCAGAACAUCGAACUUAACCAAGGUAUGCUCCUCGACGCACUGGAUGAUAUCGAAGAAAAACGCGACCAAGCAUUGCUUUGA